CGGUGUAAUUAUCAGGUCAUCAGGUUACCAUGUUUUUCUUUUAUUUUUUAUUUUCUUUUUAAUGCUUAUGUGGAUAUUAUUUAUAUUAGAUGGAAUUUAUAAAAUAAAAACACAUUAAAACCUACGACUGGUUCAUUCCUCCCAAAACCCUAGACGACAUGAACAACGGCAACGACGACGACGGACCUUCAAUCUUUGAUGAUCAGAUUCGUGAUUCGUCAGUAAUAAACAGUACGGAAGUUGGGUCUCAAACAACAUUACAACAUGAAGAUGAUCAAAUCGAAAAGGACCCUUUUUUGAGUCUACUUUGUUAUGACAGUGAUAGCGAAAAGGAUGAUCGUGUUGAAAAAGAUGACGAGGCCAGUUCCGCUGAAGAUUGGAGUGCAAAUGAAAAGGAUUAUGAUAGUGAUGGUGUUGAAAAUAUCGAGCGUGAUGUUGUAUAUCCGAGCUACGAUCCAACAAUUAAUUGGAGAUUGACCAAACCUAUUCUAGGAAUGAAAUUUGAGAGUCCUACACAACUAAAGGAGAGUUUAAUUGACUACGGAGUAUCAAAUGGUUAUAAAUUAGAGUUUACAGUCAACGACUAUCGUAGGUUGCUGGUGGUAUGUGGGGAAGAAAAAACCGAAGAUAAAGAGGAUCAUUCAGGAAAAAAGAAGAAAGUCAGGACGUGUCCAUUUAGGCUUUGGGCCUCAAGGCUUACAGGUGAGGAUUCAUUCCAAAUAAAAACACUAAACGAGAAACACACAUGCACAAGAAAGUAUUGUUUGGGCUCUCUUGUUACAUAUUCUUGGAUUGCAAAACGAUAUUUCAAACAAAUAGUUGAAAAUCCGGAGAUUAGUUUAAGGCAAAUGCAGACCGAUAUCAUGAGAAAAUUUGAAUGCAAAGUGAGUAUUGGUCAAUGUAGUAGAGCAAAAAAAAAGGUUUUGGAUGAUUAUGAAGGUGGUUUAAAAGAACAUUAUGCUAGACUUUCAGAUUAUAAAGCCGAGAUAUUAGAAACUAAUCCAGGGAGUACUGUCAUGAUGGCUGUGAAUCAAGUGGAGAAUGGAGAAGUUUACUUUAGUAGUUAUUAUAUUUGUUUUAAGGGUGUCAAAGAUGGAUGGAUAAAUGGGUGUAGAAAAGUUCUUGGUUUAGAUGGGUGCUUUCUAAAAAACAGUGGUCAACUACUAACGGCUAUGGGAAGAGAUGCCAAUAACCAUAUUUUUCCUUUGGCAUGGGCUGUUGUGUCUGUUGAGAAUAAGGAAAACUGGAAAUGGUUUCUUAGUCUAGUGAGGGAUGACAUUGAAAUGGAAAGUGGACUUGGACUAACUCUCAUUUCAGAUCAACACAAGGGAAUCAUAGAAGCCGUGAAGGACGUGUUUCCUUAUGCUGAGCAUAGACAAUGUGUAAGGCAUAUUUAUGCUAACUACAAGAAAAAAUAUCGCGGAGAACAAUUUAAAAAUUUAUUUUGGAAAGCUGCAAAUGCAACAACUGAGGAAUAUUUUGAGAAGAAAAUGGAAGAAUUGAAAAACAUUAACAAAGGGGCGUAUACCCAUCUAAUGGAAAGGAAUCCGGUUACUUGGUCAAAGGCUUUUUUCGAGCUUAAUAAGGCAUGUGAUGCGUACGAAAAUGGCAUGAGCGAAAGCUUCAACUCACGCAUUCUAUCAGCACGACGGAAACCUAUAAUUACUAUGCUAGAAGAAAUCAGAACAUUUGUGAUGGAAAGAAUAUUUUUAAUGGCAAAAAAAGCUGGAAGAUUAAAACGUGAUGUCUGUCCGAAAAUUAGAAAAAAGUUAGAAAAAAUCAAAGAAAAUCAAAGGUAUUGGAAGGUAGUUCCAAGUGAUAAGACCGUAUUUGAAGUGAGAAGUGAAAAAUAUGCGUGCGUGGUGAACCUUGAUGAAAAAACUUGUAGUUGUAGAUUAUGGCAGUUGUCAGGCAUACCUUGUGUUCAUACAGUGGCAACGUUGUCCUUCGUUAACAAGGACGCAGAAACUUUUGUUAGUUCUUGGCUUAAAAAGGACUUGUUCAGAGAAGCAUACAAAUAUCCAAUCAAACCACUGAGAGGAAGUACAUUUUGGCCCAAAACUGAUGAUAUAAAACCUUUACCUCCAAAAGAGAGACGGAUGCCGGGUAGACCAGCAAUAAAGAGGAAAAGAAGCGCUGAUGAAAAAGAGAAAAAGAACCCGAAGGUUGGAAUUGGAAGAAAAAUGUCUUGUCAAAAUUGUUAUGGAACGGGGCAUAAUGUUAGGUCUUGCAAAAAUGAGAAAAAAGACCCCCCAACAAAGGUGAAAAGGCCAAAAGGUAGACCUAAAAAGCGUGCUGCAACGAUGAAAGUCUAACAUGAUUUCGUGUUUUUUUUUUUUUUUUUUUUUGUGAGUUAUCUUUUUGAGACAUGAAUUUUGGACGAUGUUGCCUACGUUUUUUGUUUAUCUUUUUGUGACGAAUAGAUACGAUGGUAUUGAA